AACAAUAAAUGCCACUUAUAAAACAACUCUGUUCAGAUACAACGGUACGUCACACGCAAACAAUUAAGGCAGUAAACAAAACAACACUGUGCAGUUCAAAAGCUCGUGAGAUAUGGCGAGAUCAUCUUCCCGCUUUUUUGCCAUCCUCUGUGUUCUUCUGCUUCUGCAAGAAUUCGGGCAGGCGAGGUUCGCUCAUGGACCGGCAGGGAGAUCAUUAUCAAGAAAGGAAACGUCGGGGAAAGAUGGCGGGGAUGAUACGCCUAUAGAAGACGACAUCGAAGAAGAGGAAAUAGAGGAUGAGGACGAAGGAUCAGCAAAAGCAAACCAUCAUGAGUCAGGUUUGAGUCAUUUGAAGCAACAGAAAACGAAAGAAGAAACGCCAGGAAAGAAAGGUUGGGUCAAUGCUAUUUUCAAAGGUUUUAAAAUCGGUACAGAGGUCGCAAGUCUGGUGACGUCGGCGGUAUCGGUCUCAGUGGCUAUUUACGACGCUAUCAAGGGAUGCGAUGAUGUAGAACCCAAGCUUAAGACCUACCAGAGAGACUUCGAGACCGUAAGGGACGAAGUAAAAACUCUCAGCGACAGAGCGGACACAUUGCAGCAGGAAGCGGAAAUAGAUCAGCUUUGGGUUCAAUGUGAUAUCACCGAGUUCGAAUCAGUUUUGUCGAGGCUAAAAAAGAUUGAUGAUGAACAGGAACGAAUGAUAAAGUCCAUUCACCCAACAGUGCAGACUAGAAUGAACACAGCCGUCGCUAGAAUAAAGACGAUAAUGAAAGAGAAGAACAACACUGCUGAUGGUGUCCUUUACACCGAGCUGUUGGAUGGGUACAACUCGGCGCUGGAGAAAGCUAUAAACAUUGGAGUUCCGGCACUCACUCUGGCCUUCCCUGCAGCUAAAGGUUUCUACAAACUCGUAAAAAAGAGACAAGCUUCUAGAAAAGUCAUGGAUAUUUCAGUUGCAGAAAAUGUAGACUUGAAAGUUCCAACCAGCGAUAAGAAGAUGGUGAAACAGUCCAAGAUUGGAGGGUUUAUCUCCAGAUCUAAAUCAAAAGUAACAGAAAUGAAGAAAAGAUUCAACACUCGUUUUGGGACCGCCGCCAAGUUUGCCAAGUCAUUUAAAAAGGGGCUUUCUGUGGGGCUCGGCCUUGCUACAGUGGGUUUUCAGAUCUUCAAGAUGAUAGAACGUCUUAAAGAAUGUGCAAAAAUAAGAGAAAAAGCGUUUGAAGCCCUUGGUAACGUCACAAAGGCCAGGAACACGAUAAGGGAACAGAUCACCAACAUCACUACUCAUCAAGAAAUUAUGAGGGAGGCAUGGGAGUAUCUGAAAUCAAACAUCACCGAUGGCACCUUCCUGGAUUCCGUGUCUGAUGUGGGCAAGAUGGUUGACGACCUUAAGGAAAGAAGUGACGAUAUGAAGAAGGUCGCCACAGGAAUAAAGAACUUCGUCCGGGACAUCAAAGGGGCAACCAGCAACUACAAUCUGACCUUUGACCUCACCAAACAGUUGGAUGGGGACCUUAGCAGGGUUCCAUUUACAGUUAGCUGCUACUCGGCCAAAUACAGGAUUAUCAACAGGAUCAUCGCCGGCUGCAAGCAGGGCCAAGGAAGUAGAUCGUUUGACGAGUGGUACAACAAAGAGCAGAGUGGCUACGAAGACAAAAAGUAUGACCCAGAAAAUCCAGACAACUGCGUCGAUAAAGUCGGCUUCCGGUACAUCCGCAAGCAAGAUGUGGAAAACGCAUUGAUCUAUUCCGCGCAGAAAGACGGGUUCAGCACGAAUUGUAAACUCAACGAUGAGAAAUUGGUAGAUCUAGUUAAAACUUAUAAGACUGAUAUGGGCUUGUCUAACGAGGAUAUCUAUGGUAGAAUAUGGGAAAAAUUAAAACUGAAGCGUGAAGAUAUCAAAGAGCUUGUGCAAAAGUGCACCCCGAGCACGAAGCCUCUGUCCGACCAACAGAAGCAAGAGAUUUGCUGGGAGCGGAAGACUAGAAGCAACCAAGAUAUUGCCAAGGAGGAGAGGUAUCAACUGCAAAAGGUUGAAGCCGUCACGUGUCCCUGGCCCCUAAUGGACUUUCAGAAACGAAUGGUGUGCUUUUUCAGAGACAAACAGAAAAAAACCGACGCGUUUAUCGCGGACAAGUUGAAGGUCGAUGUCUCGCAAGUUGCUGCCGUCACUUGUCCCAGACCGAGUAAAGACUCACCCAAGAAGCACAGGCAUCGAGGUUGACAGUUAAUUCAAGAACUUGCUUAUGGUGUCGAAACAUUGGAGACGCACAAGCUACUAAGUUUUGAGAUAACAUUAUAAUCUCAAAUAAAGUGCAGAAAACUGAUACCUUUUUCUUUUCCUAAUAAGAUCAGAGGGGAAUCAGGAGUUGCAAACAAGGGGGAGGGGUAGUCCAGUCAAUCUUCGUAAAAAAAGGGGCCAACAUCGGACUAAUUGCAACACAAGGUUUUUUAACGGUAUCUUGCACAGAAAUCAUCCCUCUAUAACAUACUAAAAUUCUAAAAAUAUCGGAGUGGGCAAACACCCCGAAAAAUGGGAUCCAGUUUUCAAAUACAAGGCUUGUUUUAAAAACCACAGGGUUUCCAAAUCAUGGAAAUCACGAAAAAAAAUACAUACUUUAGGAAAAAGUAAAUUAUACCACUAUAGAUUACUAGAGAUAUAUAUUUGUGCACGAUAAGGAUAGAAAUUAACGUUAUUUGAAGAAGUUCCGUUAUUUUGGGUGAAAUGCACACGGAUUUUUUAGGUCCUUGUCACCACCACUUUGAUAUCGCAGACAUUUCGUUAUCAUAAAUAAUAGCGGAGCCAGCGCGGCCGUAAGCCGCGCGCGGAGCUCCAUAGGUAUAGAAAUAUGAUGGUAUAGCUAUGCGACUUGGUUUUUGUGGUAAUCGCGCGGGUAUCCUGUGGUGUCACAAUCCAUCCAUCCAGUCAAUCGUGCAACUCCCAGGCCCACUCGGUCUCACAAGGGGAAUGUGAUUUUACGCUUUUUUGCCUCCUCUCUUAACUGGAAAAUAGUAUUUAAUGAGAAAGAUGAGGAUUUAAAUAGGCUGAUUGUGGUCGAGGGCUAAACAAGUCUUUGAGGAACCGUUUCGUCUGGAAGAAACUGAUAAGAUAAGACGUACGAGUCGAUAGUAAAAUCUACCCGAGUGUUCGUGAACCCGCCCGUCUCGUUCUCCUUCGAUUGUAAACAGCAGCUAAAAAGAGGACUUCAGACUCAAUACUGUAUUCUCAUAAAUGCGUCACGAAGCAAAAUCAAAGCAAAGAGGUGAAUAAAGCAAGGACUAAAGUAUAGCCGUCAUUAUAGGCUUGCUGAAAUGAAAGCAGAUGUAAAUAAACGUUUUUCGUAUUCCUUUUUUGCUUAGUAUAAUUAUAUUCAAUCAACACACAUUCUUUCCCUAUAGCCAACAUAAUCUGCUCUUGCUCUGCUGAUACUUCCCUAAAGUCUGUGUGGAUUUAAGUCUUUAACUGUCAACAAAAUUAUUGACCAUGUUAUGAUUUCUGAUGCUUGAAGACCAGGUCUUCUGUACUUACUGCAAAGUUACUUACUGCAACUGUAAUUAACUGCAAACUGAUUGCAUUAUUCUCAUGUGCAUAGGUAACAACAAUAAAUACUAUUUGCAUAUAUAACAAAAUGCUGGCUACACUGUUAUUAGCAAAUGUAGUCUUUUUUUCUUUUAACUUUUCUAUGCAUUUGCUCAAAUGGCUUGGCCCUCUACAUGACUGAUUAUUAUUCAUGAGCAUGGUUCAAGAGAACUCAUAUGUAAUAAUGGCAGGGGAGAGGGCUUUGAAUAUUAAAAAUAUUUGGUUGUUUGUUAUUAGAUGGAAGAUGUUUUUGAUACAGGAUAAAAGAGAAAGGAUGGUGUACAUUAAAAGGAUUAUUUGAUUUA